GUAAGCAUCGUGACAGGAAGUGGUGUGCCCGAAAAGCACAGUUGAGGGUAAAACACGCCCGGGGCGCUGAGUUACCAAGGAGACGUGAGCUGUGGUGCUAGUAACUGCUAGCCGUUAAAGUCGGAGGAAGAGCAGAGAGCACUUUCGCAGCCGCAUGUUUUUGUGUAAGGGCUUGUUUGUAACAUGGCAGAGCUGCAUAUUAUAGGCCAGAUCGUCGGGGGCAGUGGUUUCCCGCAAAACAGCCUGUUUUGCAAAUGGGGAGUUCAUACGGGAGGAGCAUGGCGGCUUCUGUCUGGGCUGAAGGAGGGUCAGACCCAGGUGGAUAUCCCCCAAACAGGAGACAUGGCGUACUGGAGUCACCCGAUUGAUCUGCACUACGCGACCAAAGGACUGCAAGGCUGGCCAAAGCUUCAUCUUCAGGUGUGGCACCAGGACUCUUUCGGACGCUGCCAGUUGUACGGUUACGGGUACUGCCAUGUCCCCUCCAGCCCCGGACAUCACCGGAUAAGCUGUGUGACCUGGAGGCCGCUCGGCUCCUGGCAAGAGCAAUUGGCGCAAAUGUUUGUCGGCGGAGGUCCCCAGCUCCGCAGCACGGAUUUCAUAUACAGCGGGGCGGAUAGAUACAGACUGCACACCGAAGCCAUGGGGACUGUGGAGCUGGAACUUGGCAUUAUCAUGAGACACUUCGACAAAUAUGGCGUCGAGUGUUGACACAGUGAAAUGAAAAGUACUUUGGGAAGUUGUUAUGGAUUCUCUAAAUAUGUGUUGCAGGCGGAGGUCUGGUUGCUUGUUUUUAGUAAACUUUUGUACAUUUUUUCUAAAUCGCAUUUGCGUUUUUAUAUAGAUCUAUGUAAAUAAAUGAUCGUAUC